ACCCUCCUCAAUAGCCUCAAAGGUCACUCGUCGUUUGCAGGUCACUUACUGUCAGAGCACUCCAACUCAUUGGUCGAGACACGCCGCUACUUCUCCACAAUUACUCAACGUCUGCGGACGUAAGAACAUCAUCUUGUGGUCGGAGCGUCCUGAUGACAUCUCGGCCCAGGAAGGAAAAUUCACAAGACGUUUGAGGGAACAGUCCGGACACGUGCGUGCCGAGGUUACAUUUUGAGCCGUUGUUUUGUUGGCUCUCUGUUCAGAAAUCCACUCUAACAAUACGAAUGUGAGGUUGUUACGUGAUAUCACGGAGUUGGGCUAGAGAGAAGACUCAGGAUGGAAGGAGGCGACCACAGGAAAGGACAUGUGGCGUUCUGCAGCAGAUCAACACCGCAACAGAAAGCUAAGGUGGACCCCAGCUUCAAGUCGAAGCGUUAUCGAGACAAGCACCGUGAGCAGAUCAAGGCUAUGGAGGCGCUGUUACCGGUGGACAGGGCGACCCUGCAGAGGAAACUGGACUCACAGACAGUCUUCCGUCUUGUCAUAGCCUACUUCCGCACCAAGAUCUUCUUCAAAGCUGCUGGAUUCUCCCGCAACGACACACCCUUGACGAAGAUAGACAAAGAAAAAGAUGACACAUCAUCACGUGAAGCGGAGGAAACUAAGGAAACUGCACAAGAUGGCGCAGUCAACGGGGCUGGAGGUGAUACAGCUGACAUGUACGUGGGAGAGGAGCAGGCAAUACAGGCGCUUGACGGCUUCCUAUUGGUGGUGACGUCAGACGGGACGAUCCUGUACGUGUCGUCCAACAUCUCCGCUACCAUCGGCUUCAGUCAGGUGGACCUUCUGCACCGCUGCAUCUACGGGAUCGUCCAUCCUGAUGAUCACCACGACCUCAAGUCAGUGCUAGAGCAGAGGUUUGACACUUGCAGUACCACCAACAAAAAGCAAGAGGGCGUGCUUGAUAACGGAUUGAACGCCCCAACAUCUUCUUCAGAACAGACGUCGAUGAAAGAGGGGUCAAUGCCCUCAUCCAAUUUACAGAGUGAUGGUCAAGGCCAUUCUACGAGAGACGAGGCGGUUCUCGCAGACGACAGCAAAGAAGUGUCCUUUCUCUGCAGGCUGAAGUGCUUCAAUGGGACCAGUACUGGAUAUGUCAAGGUACACUGCACGGGAAGGAUGCGGUCGUUCCCGGAGAAGGUGAAGCCGACCAGCCGGACGUCAGCGCAGAUCGCCUUCGUGGUGUGCCGCCCGUACGUUCUCCUCACCACCGACCCCUGCGGCGACUCACGACAGAACGCCUUCUGGUCCAAACAUGACGUCGACUUCAAAAUCAAAGCCUUACACGACAGAGUGACAGAGAUCCUGGAGUAUGAACCGGGAGAGUUGGAGGGGACGUCAUUCUACAGCCUCGUCCAUCCUGACGACCUGGCGACUUGCUACGAGUGUCAUAAGUCACUUCUUGAAAACAGCGAUGUCCAGUCCAUGUAUUUCCGGGCCCUGAAGAAAGAUCAUGCAGCUGUCUGGCUUCAUUCCCGAGGAAAAGUCGUCCUGAAAAACUCCCGGAAAUCCAUCGUGUUUUCCCACUGCCCCGUCAGGGAGGAAGACUCCUUGUUUCUUCACCAGGAAGCCUUACUACGCAGGCGCUACGGAACAGAGGAUCUACUGCGCGCGAUGCAUGCUGGGACAGCCCUUCAGUACCCGUAUGAAGCUAUCCCUGCAGACGACAUGGAAUACUCCCCCUGUGGCCAUUCUGGCGGGAAAUCCCUCAGACGGCGCCGCUGCACGCCGGGCGACGUGUACGGCGGGCUGAAGGACGAGUUCUCCGUAUCUCCGCACAGUCCGCACGGCGCAUGCCCGUCGAGCAUGCACUCCGGCUCUGACAGGGACUCCGCGUCCCCUGCGUCGAACCCGUCCUCCCGCAAGCGGCCCCGUAAGGACAGCCGACGCUGCGACGACGUCUCCGGUACAGACUCGAACCAACACUUCGCAAACAGCUAUCCCCACGCCUUCCCUUUCUAUUACCCCAUGACGGACGGCUACAUUCACAGAGUUGGGAAUCCCGAACAAACCGAGAAGAACGCAUACCCGAGAGUUGGGAAUGGAUGGGAACCCGCCAAUCAUCGUUUGGUUGGGAAUCCGUACUGCGACUUUGGGUCAGCAGAAUUUCACAAUCCGUUACCCUCUCCCCCGCCUUCGCCGAGACCGGUGUGGAACGGGACCCACCAAGGCGGCCCUUCUGUGUCAAACUCUGCUCAAAACUAUUACUCCGCACACACGGCCAGUUACCCUGCAUACGGCAAUGGUAUGUGUCAUUCCCCCGCCUCAAGUGUGUACACGGGACAGCCGUUUGGUUCGUGUCAGGCCUACCCAGCUCAGGACGACAGGUGGCGGCGCAAUGGGUGCUGGACACCCCAGGCCGCCAUGCCAUCCACACCUCCUAACGCUAUUAACAAGCACACGGAAAUGCCCAGCUCGUCAACUGUACACUACCUGUCUAGAAACAACCAGGAGCCUUACGGCAACGCUGUUCCACUGAACAGUCAAGUUUACCAGAUGGAUCAUGAACGUACGGGCGCCACGGCGUGGUACGACAGCAUCAGCCAAGUCUCCCCUCAAAUGGACGAAACGUCCAACAUGCCAGAGCUACAGACCACGACGUCAUCCUGCAUGUUCGAAGGGACAGCCUAUGCUCCAAGAGAACACGUGGCGACGGUCUCCUACCCGAAAUGGACAGCAGAGGCAACAUGUCGGCAAGGUGACAUUCCGUCUGAUGGCAACAUGGCCGUCACAACAAAGCACGCGCAGUACGACUCACAAUAUUUUGGCCUGAGAGAAAUGGACAUGCGUGUACCCACAGCCGGGGGCUUUCUUGGCUAUCUGUACAGCUGA